AGUUGGAUAGCAAGUAGGAUAGAAGGAAUAGUCAGAGAGUGAGUUGAUCGUAUAAGGCAACCUCACGUUUUUGGUGGCAACUGGCACACUAUUCGUUAUUUGCUUGGAGGUAGUGGUAAAGAAAAGCAGAAAGAGCACUAGAUGUAUAGCAGGUGGUAGUGGUGGCUGGAGGGGUGGGGAGGGAGUAGAACACCUGGACGACUUCCUGCUACAGUGCAGACUGAACGAGCAGCUCAGUCUUCGGAAGAGAUCGUAGUCCGUCGCUCGUAGAAGACCUACUUUGUGUCUCGUAGAAGACACAAACGAAAGUUUCACUGUAAGAAAAGAGAACGAUGAAAUAUUAAAUUAUUUCAGAGAAAAUAUUAUUGUCUCGUUUUGACAAUUCGACUGUUUAUAUUAUAUUUUUGAUUUGAUUUUUAUUUCAUAAUUUUUUGUUUUCAAUUUGGAAAAAAAAAAUAUUAUUCUUACGAAGUGGUCUUGAAGAAAAUAUCUAUAAACGUGCGAGAUGACGAGUAUGGCUCAUCGAUGGUGCAUUCGGUGAAAUAUCACUUGUAAGAAAAUAGUGUAUUUUCAUCAUCUUCUCAAGAACUUUCUUAUUUCGAGAAACGACCAUUGGAAUUCAUCGGGGUGUUCGGGCUUGGAGGCUGGAAAUAAAAGAAAUGGAAGGGAAAGGAUUUACGUGUUUUCUCCUUGUACUAGGGUCUAUUGUUAAAGGUAGCAUUAGCACUGGAUGCGGUUAUCCUGGUGCACCAGCUCACAGCAGUGUACGUUUCACUUUUAGCGGCAUUGACGAUGUUAUAGACGAAGAGGAUGCUCUUCUCAAAGAAACAGAAUUCCCGGAAGGAACUGUAGCUACUUAUUCAUGCGAACGGGGUUUUGAAUUACUUGGCCCAGCGAGAAGACAAUGUCAAGCAGACGGGACUUGGACACCGGAAGGUGUUCCAUUUUGUGUAUUGAACGUUGCCGGAGGAAAAGCACCGAUGCAAUCCAGCAGUUUGGAAGGCGGAAUUCCGCAACGUGCUGUUGACGGAAGCAGCGCACAAAUUUACACAGCACAAACUUGUACCUUAACAAGACCCGAACACAAACCAUGGUGGUAUGUGAAUCUUCUGGAACCGUACAUGGUACAACUGGUCCGAUUGGAUUUUGGAAAACCUUGCUGUGGAACUGGUAUUCCUGGUACGAUCGUCGUUCGCGUCGGUAACAAUCGGCCGGAUUUAGGAACUAAUCCAAUUUGCAACCGUUUCACUGGCCCACUGGAAGAGGGUCAACCUCUUUUCCUUCCUUGCAAUCCACCAAUGCCUGGUGCAUUUGUUUCGGUGCAUUUAGAGGCUUCCACCCAAGCGCCAAUUCCGGUGCAGCUAUCCUUGUGCGAAGCUUUCGUUUAUACGGAUCAGGCAUUGCCUAUCGAAAGGUGUCCACAAUUCAGAGACCAACCACCAGGAUCAACAGCCACUUAUAAUGGAAAAUGUUACAUAUUUUAUAAUCGGCAACCGAUGAUCUUCGCAGAUGCUUUAACCUUCUGUCGUAACCGGGGUGGCACUUUAGUCGAUGAAAGUAAUCCUGCACUUCAAGGAUUCAUUUCCUGGGAAUUGUGGAGACGACACAGAAGGAGUGACACUACCAGUCAAUACUGGAUGGGUGCGGUGAGGGAUGAACAUGAUCGGACCGUUUGGAGAUGGACAGGUAGCGGAGAAGAAGUUUCCGUAUCUUUCUGGAGUCUUCCACAAGGUACAGAAGAAGAUUGUGCUCGAUACGACGGUAGCAGGGGUUGGCUCUGGUCCGAUACACCUUGCAAUGCUCGACUCAAUUUUAUCUGUCAACACCAACCACGAUCUUGCGGUAGACCCGAACAACCACCAAACUCAACCAUGACCGUGGCAGCUGUAGUAAGUAGAAAUGCUGCUACUCAAUACGAAGUUGGUGCUUCUGUAGAAUAUACUUGCAACUCUGGAAGUCUACUAAUUGGACCUUCGACUCGUACCUGUCUUGAUACGGGCUUCUAUAACGAAUUUCCACCGGUUUGUAAAAAUAUCGAGUGCGGUUAUCCCGCGAAUAUAAAGCACGGUGGUUACACGUUGAUUAACAACACUGUAACUUAUCUGAGCCAAGUACUCUAUUCUUGUGACGAGGGAUACGAAAUGACAGGUCGUGCAAGGUUAACGUGCGACAUUGAUGAAAGAUGGAACGGACCACCACCGCGUUGCGAGCCCAUACAUUGCGAUCCACCCACAAUGAUUUCUCACAGUUUCGUUAAAAUCGAUGAAAUCGACGAAACUGAAAUAGCAGGCAAAACGAACGUUAACAGGAGUCUUCUCGUUGGUAGUAUUGUCACUUAUACAUGCGAAAAAGGUUAUAGAUUGAUCGGUUCACGGCAGAUUCUCUGCUUACAAACCGGACUUUAUGAUCACGCUGCACCAUCUUGCAUAGAAGAACCUCAUUCGACUACAGUAACGUUGCCUCCUCGAGUGACUUCACGACCAGCAACGAGUAGCAGACCACGACCAUUCGUUACAACGAGGAUUAGAACGACUACAUCAGUAACAAAUGUACCAACGAAAGCAACUACGACUACUACGAUGAAAUCAACGAUAAAAUCAACAAUAGUUCCACCAAAAUCACCGAUUACUGGUGAACACAUGGCGACUGUUAAAGAAACCGAACCGAAAAAGUCAAACGUUAACAUACAAAGUGCUGUUUCUUCUCCAUCAUCGAUUCUAAAUGAUCAUAGCAAGGAUCAUCCACAAGACAACGAGAUUGCUGGUAGUGGUGCUGAUCAUGUGCAAGCCGGUAUUGGCACAGGUGUACCCGAACCUUCGGGACCUUUACAAGUGGACACAUCUAAUCAACCGGCUAGUGCUCAUCAAGCAAAAUUAAAUCUUGGUGCAGUCAUUGCACUCGGAGUCUUCGGCGGUUUCGUCUUUCUUGCUGCAGUCAUCACAACAGUAGUCAUAUUGAUACGCAGGAACCGUGGUAGAAGCAGUAAACAUUAUCGCCACCGAGCAUCACCAGAUUGUAAUACCGUUGCUAGUUUUGAUAGCAGUUCAUCCGAAAGUCGAGGUGGAUUAAAUCGGUAUUACAGGCAAGCAUGGGAGAAUCUACACGAAACCACUGGACACAAGAUGAACCAUCCUGCGUUACAGCGCAAGGAGACCCUGGAUGAACCAGGUUAUCGGGAAAAUUUUCGCGGCAACAAUACCGAACGUGAUGGUUCGGAAUUAGUUGUCAGCGAUGUCGCAGCUUAUCCAUCCAGCAAGCAUGCUAGUGUUUCCGAUAAGAAACGUCAUCACCACCACCACCAUCAUCAUCACAAUAAUUCAACACCCGAAUGGAGACAGUCACAAUCUCAUCAUAGAUAUUGAACAUUUCACGGGUGAUUAUAUAUUUCCAAUUUUAAUUUCAAUCAAAGAAAUUCAUUGGCACAUUCGCUCUUAACAAGAAAAACGUGCGUACGCAUAUAGAAUUGUUUAUUAUUUUGAUAGAUAUACGUGAGACCUUUGCUAUGAAGGAUUUGAUAUUAUCGCUCUGUUAUCUUAUGAAUAAUUUAUAGUUAAUCGAUUUGUUAUACGUCAUACUGUACAUACAUAUAUGUAGAAGUAUUUUAAUAUGCGAUUACUAUAAAAAAAAAAAAUAAGAAUUAUGUUCAUCUUGAUCUUCGUGGAAGAUCAGAAGAUUUUUUGUAGCAGAAUGCCAAAAAAGAAA